AUGUCUCUCGAAGAUGCAGUGAAAUAUGUUACUUUAUCGGAUGUUGAACUGGUUGACGAUGAUGACAGUGACAGGGACAGUUGCAACUUGAGCGACAGGGAGAUCGACAACGAAGAGACUAAUUUCACCAAUCCUGAGCCUGCUCUUCAGGCAGUGUCGGGGACAUCCGAUGGACUUCGGAGAUGGAACUGGGGAAAGUAUAACCACACUCCAGCCUCUGCUGCCUGUCCAUUCUGUGACUUCACACUUCUAAAAUAUUUAAAGAGACAUCUGAGAACCCAUACUGGUGAGAAACCAUUUUCCUGUGAAUAUUGCUCAAAGGCAUUUUCCAGACGUGGUAGCUUAAAAAUACAUCUGAGAGCCCAUACUGGUGAGAAGCCAUACGCUUGUGAAUUUUGUUCCAAGGCAUUUUCCCGCCCUGAACACUUAAAAAUACAUCUGAGAACCCAUACUGGGGAGAAACCACACGCCUGUAAACACUGCUCAAAGGCAUUUUCCAACGCCAGAGCUUUAAAAGAGCAUCUGGAAAUCCAUACUGACGAGAAACCACCAUACUGUGAAAUUUGCUCGAAGGUUGUUUCCAGUACUUCGUAUUUAAAAGAACACAUGAGGAACCACGAGAAACGAUAUCCCUGUCAACUAUGCUCAAAAGCAUUUUCUCACGCUUCACGUUUAGAGAGGCACGUAAGAUCCCAUACUGGAGAGAGGCCACACUCGUGUGAACAUUGCUUAAAGUCGUUUUCCAAACUUGCAAGUUUAAAAGCACAUCUGAGGACCCAUACUGGAGAAAAACAACCGUUCGCCUGUGAGCAUUGCCCAAAGGCAUUUUCCAACUCAACAUAUUUAAAGACUCAUCUGAUGACCCAUACUGGCGAGAAGCCAUACAAAUGUGAAGUUUGUUCAAAGGCUUUUUCCAGCCCUGCUGAUUUAAGAACACAUCUAAGGACCCAUACUGGCGAGAAACCGUUUUCUUGCGAAGUGUGUUCUAGAAAAUUUUCUCAACUAUCAGCCUUGAAAAUGCACUUGAUAACCCACACGGGAGAGAAGCCCUUUGCCUGUGACGUCUGUUCUAAGGCAUUUUCUCAUUCAAUUAUGCUCAAACGACACUUGAGGGUUCAUGCUAUGGAAAAACCAAAUUCUUCUGAAGUUUGAUCUAAAAUAUUUUCUCCACUAAUAAGCCUAGAAAAAGGCUUGAGAAUUGAUGCUAGAGA